CCACCUCCUCCUCCGGCGCGCAGCCCACGGCUCUGGCAUCCCCAACGCACUUUCUCUCCUCUCCUCGCUCUCUCUUCCCCCUGCCGUUCCUCCUUCUCCGGUAAAAAAAUAAACCAGAAGAGACCGCGGCUACGCUUGGUCUUGGGGUUUCUUUCUUUCCCUUUUUUUUUUUUUCUGUCCUCUGGAAGUGAUGAAAGGAUCACAUGAGGAGCAGGCACGGCGACCUAGGACCCUCAGAAGUCGGAGAAGGCAUCGGGCACAUAUAUCCUAUGCAUACUUUUCAGAGCACUUAUUUGACAAUGAUUUAUAUCUCCUUCCUGAAGCUGAUGGACAACCAGUGCAUUUUCUAGUGAAAAAAAACCACUUUCGUAUCCUCAAUCCACCCAUCCCUCCGUUCUCCAUGCUGCUGGUAUUUAUAAACCUGUCGCCAACAUAUAAGGCAGAGCAGACCAUUGUCGACUGCAGGUAUUUCUGCCCUCUGUGUCCCCAGUCACGAAAGAAAGUGGGAAUGUUAAAAGUUCUGCAAGACUGCAGAAACUUUCCCUGCCCCACAGUCUCAGAGGGAUUAAACAGAAUCAUUCCUGUUUCUCUCCCUGCCUCUGGACUCUCAGCCAGUCUACCCUUCAAGUCAGUGGAUGAUACUCAGGUAAUUUUUUCGUCAAAUCCAGAUCAUGUCAAUCCAGAAAAUUACUUAAUUGGGCAUUACCUGCUCCUGUGGAGAUGGGUCCUCCUUGGUAGGUCACCCAAAGCCCACCGGGUCCGGCAGGUUGAAAGGGGAGAAAGUGGCAGAACAGCUGGGCUCCGGCAUGGUACUGUUUCUAAGGUUCACCACCGAGGUCUCUGUUUUCCAUAGCUGUCACUGAUCACCAUCACCGAAGG